GUUGGACGGUUUUCUGUUUCUGGCUGUCUCUCUCCGCCGCAGCUGCUUCCGGGUGUCUUGCGCUGUGUUCUGCUCUAAACGCGGAAAUAAAGUUGAGUGUGGCGGCCAGAUGUCCUGAAGACGAUCAAAAAUAACCUAUUAUAUAUAUAAUAAGCUAUUAUUGACCGUGUAGCGGGGUGACGUCACACACCGGACCCGGGUCGCAGGUGGAGGUGGGCUGUAGACUUCAGAUCAGCAAGAUCCUGGAACUCCUGAACCUGCAGGCUGAACUGGACUAGAACCACCAGGACUAACAGAGACUCACAAAGACUCUCAGAGACAUCAGAGACCCACAGAGACCCACAGAGACCCACAGAGACCCACAGAGACAUCAGAGACUCUCAGAAACUCACAGAUACGCUCAGAGACUCUCAGUGACUCUCAGAGACCCACAGAGACUCUCGGAGACACUCAGAGACUAACAGAGACCCACAGAGACACUCUCAGAGACUUUCUGAGACAUCAGAGACUGCGAUGCAGAUGAAUGGGAUGAACAUUAAACCUGUGACUGUUAUCCUGCUGGUCCUGCUGCUGGUGGGAUUCUACUACUACUACUACUACUACUACUACUUGUCCCAGUACAGAUUCAACGUUCCACCAUGUCCUACCAGCUGUUCGACUUCCGAACCAAAGGACAGAGUUCCUGAUGUCAUCCCUACUGAUUAUGUGUUCCACCUGAAAACUCCUGACCAGAGCCUGGCGGACACUGCACAUCUGCAGUACAGCCAGCCAAGCAUCGUAAAGGGCCGUACGGACGUGGUGGCCGUGACGCCCUGGCUGGCUCCGAUCGUCUGGGAGGGAACCUUUAACCCAGUUCUCCUCGACAGCAUCUACAAGCAAAAGAAAAUCAACAUCGCAGUCACCGUGUUUGCUGUCGGAAAGUACAUCAUGUUCCUGAAGAACUUCCUGGAGACAGCAGAGAAGCACUUCUUUGUCAGCUUCAACGUGCACAUUUACGUGUUCACCGACCGUCCGAAGGAGGUGCCCAAAGUCAACAUGGCCCCCGGCAGACAGCUGACGGUGCGUUCAGUGCCCAGCUCGAAUCGUUGGCAGGAGAUCUCCGCCCGAAGGAUGGAGCUGAUCCAGAAGCUGAUAGAAGAGCAGCUCCGUAAACAUAGUGACUACAUUUUCUGUCUGGACGUGGACUCGCAGUUCCACAGCCGCUGGGGGACCGAGUCGCUGGGCGGACUGGUCGCCGUCAUACACCCAGGUUACUACCUGGAUGAUCGCGGCAAGUUCCCGUACGAGCGUCGGCCGGAGUCCAGAGCCUACGUGGCUCACGGCGAGGGUGACUUCUACUACUGCGGGGGGGCAUUCGGAGGCCUCCUGCAGGAAGUUUUCCUGCUCGCCAAUACCUGCCGCUCCAACUUCGAGGAGGACGCCAAGAAUGGCAUUGAGGCCGCCUGGCAGGAAGAGAGUCACCUCAACAGGUACAUGUGGAUCAACAAACCCAGCAAGGUUUUGUCUCCGGAGUAUCUUUGGCAGGACUUCAAACCCAGAAACCCCGAAGUUAAAACCAUCAGAUUCUCUGGAGUUAUCAAGAACUACGCUGCUAUCCGACCCAACGUCUGAGAGGUCGACCAAACCAAAGUGAACCAGACUAAAUCGGACCGAACCGACUGACACUUACAGAGGCUGUGUGACUUCAUUCUCUUUUAUCUUUGCAAAGCAACCCCUGAGUUUUCAAACCAAAAAGACGCAGCAGUGUUUCCAAAUGUGGGCAGCAGUGUCGACACCAGGGGUAAACCUUGGUCCCAACCUGGACUCUGUUUUCCAACAUGUUUUUGGGUCUAAGUGAUUGAUGGGAACAAUUAUCUCUGAGUCUGGUUCAGUGCUCUUUCUACUAAUCCUUAGCUGCAGCCGCAGAAUGAAGUCCCACUCCCUCUGUGUGUGUGUGUGUGUGUGUGUGUGUGUGUGUGUGUGUGUGUGUGUGUGUGUGUGUGUGUGUGUGUGUGUGUGUGUGUGGGUGUGGGUGUGUGUUGUAAUCUCAUCUUCUCUGUUCCUUGGUUUGAUGGCCGGUCCGGCCGCUCAUUCCUGAGUUUAUAAAGAGACUUGUGACAUGUAGGGCUGGGUAUCAUUCAAAAACUUUAGAUAUCCGUAAUAAUACCAAUACUGUUACUCUGCUACCAAUACUUUUUUUGAUUCCAUUUUUAUAAAACAGAAAUGACCACACAACUUCUUGCUUGGACAAGACGUUAUGGUCUCUUUCAUCAGCGAUAUUGCGUGUUGAUCCUUCAUUGCUAACGGUCAGUGUUUAAGUACGGCUGUCUCAACGUUAUCGUACUGACGUACAACAGCUGCAAUCACCUCAGUUUCACAGUUCAUUAAUGUUAAAUAAGUUGCGUGUUGAAACUGCACCAAAACUGCGAUACUGGGUGGCCAGCAACACGCCCGCUAAGUGUGAAGUAAACCGGAUGAACAGAAGUUUGAAAGAAACAAACACAGAGCACCCUCUCUCUGAGAAUCUCUUUUAUAUCCAAGAUAAACUGGUUUUGUAAAUGAAGUUCCCUUAACCUGACUGAUAUCCAAUCAGAAACGUACUAAAGUUCCCCUAACCUGACUGAUAUCCAAUCAGAAACGUACUAAAGUUCCCCCUAACCUGACUGAUAUCCAAUCAGAAACAUACUAAAAAGAAACCAUGGGGAAUCAGAAUUGAUUUAGGAAACCAUUGGCGAUACCCAGCCCUAGUUUUAAAAGCCAGAGUUCAGUUUGAAGGUUCCAGCUUUUCCUCCACUUUUGAAAACAUGUUAGAGAAACGUAUUUUACUUGAUAUUUUGGAUAGCUAGCGUUAGCUGGAUAGGUAGCAUGCUAGUUAUUAUGGUACAUAGGAUUUAAAGGUGCACUUUGAGUUCCUGCAUGGUUUCAGGGAGAUUUCAUUUUUAUCUCAAAUGGUAGGCAUCUCUCCUUGAUCCGCUAGCUGCCUGCCCCCUGAACACACUGUCAAAAAGCCCGGUCUCUGGAGACAACACAGGGGUCAUAAACCUCAAACAAACACUAGGGGCACAGGCUGUGCACCAAAAUAAGACAAACCGCGUUCCAGACAAUCACAGACAAGAUGGUAGGGGGAGGGGGUGGGGGUUAGUGACAGUUAGUCAGUUAGUCAUGACAGUUAAGGAAACUCAUAGUGCACUAAGUUAUUUGGCACAUUGAAGAAAUGGCUCCUUACGAAGCUGAAUAUUUUAACUCUUUCCUGUAAAAAUCAAAUGAAUCCGCUCGCUUGCCUCGUGUACGUAACACGUCAUGGCGUUGUUUACCUCCCGUCAGAACUACUAUGACCACUAGAGGGCGCCGCCACUACAAACCUAUAGGUCAGAACUACUACAACCACUAGAGUGCGCCGCCACUGAUGCUGGGACAAAUGGGUUAGGGGGGGCGACAGACUCAUCUCUGCUUAUUUAGACACUCUUCUCCAGGUACAGUUUCAGGUUAGGCUGUUUCCCUUGUUUCCAGUCUUUAUGCUAAGCUAAGUAGCUGCUAACUGUAUCUUCAUAUGUACCGUACAGAAAGAAAACAAAGAAGUUUAUCCCCUAACUUUUAAACGUUUCCUUUUAAUUACUGUGAAGAUGUUGGGAGAACUCUGCAAGACUCUUGUUGUUUUUGUCUAUAAUUUGUCCAACAUGAUAGUAAUUCUUAAUUUAAGGGCUGUGACUGUCUGUCUUUCUCUCAGGUGUUUGUGUUCCAAUAAUUAAAUAAAAUAAUCCUUGGUUUCAGA